UUGGAUAGCCAUUAUUUUCUUCUAUUUUAACGACUUCACCCAUCACUUGUUACUAAACACCAUAGCAAAUGCUUGACUCUAGUUAAUCAGAAUUAAAACUCAAGAUGCUCUUAUAAAUAAAUCAAAAAUGCAUUUUAUUCUGCUAGGCUUCUUUAUUUUUAAGUUACAAACAACAGUAGCCCAAUACCCAACUCAUACAGAUUUACAAAAAGUCGGUGAGGUUAUAUUCAACAAUGAAAAGUACAGCGUUUUGAAACCAACGGAGCACGUGGUCACGGAUUAUUUCAAGGACUUCAUGCUGAGACGAGAGAAUAUCAACUUCCCAACAAAAAGGGUAUUUAUAGACAACAAUGGGUUCAGGCACGCUUGGUCAGGUUUCGAAAACAAAGUCCAAAGUUUAAGAAAGACGGACUUGAAAAAUGUAGUAUUGAAUUCCGAAAAUUUCACGGAUAGUGUCAGUACUGAGAAAGGUUCUAUCAACGUGACAUCUACCGAAGUAGCUCAAAACACUACUGAAGCGGCUGAAACUACAAGCAAAGCUAUUGAAACUAAUAUAGAAACGGUACAAUCAAGCACUAAAACGCCUGUGUCUACUACUGAAGCUGUUAAAACAACUACUGAUACGACUGAAACCACAACUGACGCAAAUGUACCAACAACUGAAGUAAUUGAAACUACAGCCAAAAGCAAUAACAAUAUAACUAGUAAAGAAACUCCUAUGAACUUGAAUAACCAGGACAACGCUACAGAAAGUGAGACUGAGGAAUCAGAAGAGAAAUCACUAGAAAGUGUCACUAAAGUACCGAAUAGUGUGGACACUACAACGUUUAGGGUGUUAUUCAGAGCGUCGAUACAAAGUAAUACCAACAUCACAGUGACUACUAAUGAGAAAAUACAAGGGCGUCAAGGGAAGAAUAAAACUGAAACUAAGCCCACCAAUGAAAGGACUGUAGUUCAGACGACCUUCUUUUGCCCAUUCUUCGGCAUUAUAACCAUGUCUGGAUUUGUCGACUGAGACUAUCAUUGACCAAUGAUUUUGAGAAUUAUUUUUGUAAUAAAGAUUUUAGUAGGAUGUGAUUU